AUGUCGAUGUCCCUCGACUCCCCCGAAAUCAUCCUCCCAGGAGACCCCCUCCCCCAACUCUCCCCGCUCCUCUCCCCACCAUCCACAGAAACCUCAACAUCAACAACGGACACAAAACCCCGUUCCCUCCGUCUGGGCCCCGGCCUGACCCUCUCCCCAACCACCCCAUCAACCCCCAUCCUCCCCUAUCGCUACGGCACUCUAAACCUGACCUCCCACACAAAGCGUCCCACGGCCUCAAUCCUCUCCACCCCACGUCACUACCACCCUUCAACCAACGACCCAGUCCUCGUCACCCUCCUGCGUACAACAGCAGAACAAUUCAUCGUCCAAUUGGCGCCGUACACACCACCGGCCAUCAUCCCCUUCGAGAAUUACAUCAUAAACAACGCGGGGACCACUGCUUCGGCUAGAAAGUCCAGACCGAAUUUACCUAUCGGAGCAACGAUCUAUGCUCGUGUGGCGGUGGUACAUAAACACCUCGAAUCCGUGGAACUAUCGGUUCCGGAUCCGACUUUUGGAGAAGUAAUCUCUCAGAAGAAUACUUCUUCCUCGUCUUCUUCAAAUCAAAAGAAUAAAAAGGAAUCAUCUACAUCCAUAUCAGCAGGGACGACAACAGGUGCAUCCUCCAUUGCGAACCGUGCGGAAGUAACGCCAUAUAUCUUAUCAACCUCCCAACCGAUGACAAAACUUCUAUUAGCGGAAGAAACACUAGGAAAACCACUUUUGUCCGCCGUGGCAUCAAAAGUUCCAUUUGAAAUGAUCGUUGGUAAGAACGGUCGCGUAUGGAUCGAUGCUACUACCCAAAAGGAAGUGAUCCAAGUCGUCCGCUGUUUCAAAGAAUUCGAUGAAGCAGAGGCAUGGAAUGAUGAAGAUGGUGGGUUAGCAAAGGGUAGACAGAUCGUUGGGAAGGUCUGUGGGAAGUAA